AUGCUCACAGACCUUGCUUACUGGGUUCGCACAUUUCUCGCCUUCGACGUCGGGACUAUCAAAGGAGCCCCCCUUGAGCCAUUACUUGAAAAGCUUAGCACUCAGUCCGUAAUUGCCGACCCUCACGAUGAGAUCAAAAACGCCGUCACCAAUUUACUCGCGGAGUGCAAUCUCCCCUUCCCCGUCACCCCGUACAACCACGAAUUCCACAACGCUUGCUGCCAGGUGGCCAGGAGCAAAGGUUAUGCGAUGGAGACCUAUCCUGGUGCCCGCUCUCUCCAUCCCUUCAUGCCGGGGGGUGUCGUAAUGGCCACAACUGCCUAUGCGCACCUCGAUAACAAGUCCACUCAAAUUUUCAUCGCCCUCUAUACCGCAUUCUUAAUUUACCUCGACGAUGUCUUCCAGCAUGACAUCGAACUUGUCUACUGCUUUAAUGAGCGCUUCAUCUUGUGCCAACCCCAGGACGACCCUGUCCUCGAUGGAUUCGCUUCUUUGCUUCGUGAAUUUCCUCAGCAUUUUGGACGCGUUGUCUCCAACAUUAUGACGACGUCGACGUUGAAUCUCGUGACAGCGCUAUUAUUGGAACACGAAACGCAGAAUAUGAAGUCUUCUCUGGACGCUCAUAAUUAUCCCACUUUUUCGCGAGUUAUGUCAGGCGCCUCCGAGACCUACGCUCUGUUUGCCUUUCCUCCGCAAAUUCCCAUGCCUUUUUACAUUCAAGCACUCCCAGAAGACAUGAUGUUUAUAAAUAACGUUAACGACGUCCUUUCCUUUUACAAGGAAGAUUCUGCCGGUGAAACGGUCAACCGUGUCUCAAAUCUGGCAAGGUGCCACGGGGUUUCCAAAAUGGAAGUCAUCCACCGAUUAUCCCAAGAUGCAGCUACAUGCCACUCGCAAGUACUCCGAAUCCUUUCGCCUCAUCGGGACGCCCAUACCGCGUACGCCAAUUUUAGUCAAGGCUACAUUGGGUUCCACGCAUCACUUGCUCGGUAUCGCUUGAACGAGUUGUUCUCCUAG